AUGUCCUCUGAAACUCCAAAGCUCUUCCAGCCUAUCAAAGUCGGCAAUGAUGAGCUCAAACACCGUAUCGUCAUGGCCCCUCUCACUCGGCUGAGAGCCUCUUUGAAGACUGCUAUUCCCUCUGACUGGGCGAUCGACUACUAUACCCAGCGAGCAUCUGAGGGUGGUCUCGUCAUAUCCGAGGCAACAUUUAUCGCCGAAGAGCUCAAAGGUUACGACUACGUCCCUGGAAUCUACUCGCCAGAGCAAAUUGCCAAGUGGAAAAAGAUCACAGAUGGGGUGCACUCGAAGGGCGGUAAAAUGGCGCUUCAGCUUUGGGUACUCGGCCGAGUCGCCGAUCCCAAGGUUAUCCCUACAGUAUGGUCUGUGGGAACCAUAAAGGAUCUUUCUCCCAGUCCUCAUUCUGCUGAUCCCGAGGACAAGGUCCUUACCCCCGCCAAGGAGGAGGAUCUUGACCGGUUUGUCGGCUACUAUGUGCAAGCUGCCAAGAACGCUAUGGAGGCUGGCUUUGACUAUGUGGAACUUCAAACAAACUCGAACGACCGCACCGACCAGUACGGCGGCUCUCUCGAGAACCGCAUCCGCUUCCCCCUUCGCGUUAUUAACGCUGUCUCUGACGCAGUUGGUCCCCAGCGCGUUGGUAUCCGCCUAUCCCCAUUCUCCGAGUUCCAAGGGAUGCGCAUGGAAAAGCCCCUCGAGACGUUCGUCCCUUACGUAGAAGCCCUGGCCAAAGCGCAGCCCGACUUGGCCUAUGUCCAUGCCGUGGAGGGCAGGGGCCUUGGAACGCCCGAGGACGAGUGGUAUGUGCAAGACGAUUUGGACCCGGUCAGGCAGGCGGUACUGGGAAAGAGCAAUGGUACCAAGUUCUUCGCCGCCGGAGGCUUUACGCGCGACAGCGCCAUUGAGCACGCCGAAAAGUAUCCAAACGAUCUCGUGACGUUUGGAAGAUACUUUAUCUCCAACCCAGAUCUUGUCGAAAGGAUCCGCAACAACUGGCCUUUCCGCAACUACGAGCGUCCCACCUUCUACACCCAGACCGCCGAAGGUUACAUCGACUGGGAGGACUAUUCUCCGGAGAAGCAAGCUCUUGUCCAAGACGAAGCUGCACCCACUGACCAAGUCAAGGCCAAGGCUUGA